AAUACGUAACUACUAUAAUGUUGCUUUGGAAUUGGUCAUGAAAUGUGGGCCGGUCGCUUGUGAAGGGUAUGAACAAGCGGAUGCUAAUUUCAAAACAAAAUCGGCAUUCUAUGAUGUGGUAACCGUAUAUGAUAAGAAGGUAGAGGAUCUACUCAUCGCUGGACUACAGAAAGCAUUCCCCGAAACGAAAUUUAUCGGUGAGGAGGGCACAGCGGAAAACAAUAGUGAGCCGGUAUUAACAAAUGCACCCACAUGGAUCAUUGAUCCCAUAGAUGGCACCACCAAUUUUAUACGCCGCUUUCCAAAUUGGUGUAUAUCGGUGGGUUUGGCUAUAAAUAAAGAGUUGGUCGUUGGUAUUGUGUAUAUUCCAGUGGCGAAUGAGAUGUACUCAGCAUAUAAAGGACAUGGUGCCUAUCUCAAUGGCAAACCCAUUAGCGUGAGCAAGUGUACGAAAAUGAAAACUGGCAUUAUUGGCACGGAGUUGUCACUCAUACAAAGACCAGCUAUACGUGAUAAGCACAUGAAACGCUUAUGUACACUGGCAUCCAAUGCCAUUGGUUGCCGUGGCAUUGGUAGCGCUGCUAUAUCGCUCUGCUAUGUGGCGCGCGGCAGCAUUGAUUGCUUCGCUGUAGAGGAUCUACAACCUUGGGACGUAGCAGGCGGCGCGUUAAUAAUACGCGAAGCAGGUGGCGUAGUGUGUCACUCAAAAGGUGGUGAAUUUUCGAUUUUGAAACCGGAUUGCAUUGCCGCAGCGACACCUGAACUGGCGCAGGAUGUGAUUGGUCUGAUCAAUAAAGCUGAUCAGUUGACAGAAUUUAGUUUUUGAGAAUUUAAAAUGAAUGCACUAAAUAUUUUGAUUUAAUAGCAAAAAAAAAAACAAUAAUAGGUGAUAAAGGUUAGAGGUUAUAUGUAUAUAGGAAAAUAUGUAAUAUAGAAAAUCGAUAUUGAAAGUUGUAAUAUAUGAAUAAAUGCUAAAAAAUAUAAAUUUGUUUA